GCUGUUCUUUAUCUGCUGAGCCAUGGCUAGUAACCAGGCCAGCCUGCAGGAUGAUCAGAGCAGGCACUGCAAGUUCUUAUCCUACAUGUUCUACCAGGCUGUGAGAGAUCACAAGCCUGUGUGGAUGCUGGAAGACAUGAGAACUAUGGAGUAUUUUUACUGGGAGGAGAAUGCCAGCUUACGAACCUACUCACCUUCAGAAGCCCUUCUCUAUGCAGUGGUGCAUAAUCACCUGCCUUAUGCUCAGUAUCUGCUGUCUCAUUUUCCAGAGGAGGCUCUCAAGGUGCCUGGGGAACACUUCUGCUAUUGCCCAUCCUCUGCUCCUCACCUGGCCAUGGCGGUCACAUAUGACAGGAGAGAUAUCCUGGGACUGAUCAUCAAAAUUGCACACAAGCUCCCCAGCUUGAACUCCUAUAUCAAUAGGGCUGGCUGCUUUCAUCUGGAAGAUGGGAAAACACCCCUGCACCUUGCCUGCGAGCUGCUGAGGUCAGAGACGGUCCUCAUCCUCCUCGGGAACGGAGCCUCUCCCAGGAUAGAGGACAGUAAAGGGCUGACCCCGCUGGACGUCAUCCUGGAGCAGAUGUGGGACUCCAAAGUCAAUGUUGCAUCAAAGAAGCUCUGCCUUGACUACCUCUUGCUCUUCAUGCCCAACCCACAGUUUAAGAUGCGGAAAGUUCUGCAGGAGCAUCCAGACCACUGGACAGCUUUGCUGGGAGAAGACAAAUUCAACAGCCUGGUGGGGAACACACCUGCUUCUUUAUAUCUGCAAGCUAUGCAAACUAUUCUCCAGACUCUUCCCCCUUCCCACUUCCCUAAAAGCAUCCAGGAACUACCUAUACCUCAGGCACUAAAGCCUUUACCAUCCUAUGGCAAAAAGCUACCAGCAAAAAAUGUGCAUCAUUAGCAGGAAGGACAGGA